UCUCAACUUCACCCAGGUGUUCCAGUUUCAGUUUCGUUUGAAGUGCUUCUCUCGAGGAUUAGCCCCUGAAAUAAGUCCAUAUCAAAUCAAUCAUGCCGACCGCCUGCCAAGUAACGCUGCUCGCUGGAUGCCUGCUUCUGGCCAUGAGUUCGAUUCGGGCCCAAUUCUUCUACCACCAGGCGCUGGGUCUGCCGGUUGCGCACGCUUACGAGCCGGCCAACCAGUACCAGGGAUAUGCCACUGCCGAUGCCCAUCCCUCGGUGGUGCGAAAUGCCCAGUGGGAGUCAGAGUUGCCGGCUGAGCUGUCGAAGAGUGCGCGGUUCUACAAUGAUCCCGUGAUUGCCGCCAACCUGGCCAAGGAAUCCCUGCUUACGAAGAAGGAAAUGGCGGUGGUGCAUCGCGAGGCUGAGAAAAUUCCGCGCGAACAGGUGUACAAGCUCUUCAAGAACGCCGGCUACCUGAGUAGCAGAUAGAUAGCAGUUCAC